AUGGGCGACGGCAGUGGCGGAUCUCCCCAUGACUUAGUCGUUCAAACGGGGAUCAUGUACUCUAUUGCCAUGGUCUUGUUCCUUCUCCGAGUAUAUGCUCGUUUCAAGCGACUGGGGUUCAAAUGGCAGGCGGAGGAUUAUUUGAUGAUCGUCGCCGUGUGUUUCUAUACAGCGUUCGCGAUCACAAACAUCGCGAUCAUUGAAGGCGGCGGCAGCAACCUGUACACUCCAGAUGAAUAUGCAACGUUCACCGAGAAAAAUAUUCGCGACCGAAUCAAGGGGUCGAAGAUCGAGUUUGCAUCGGAGAAUUGCAUGCUUCACACGAUGUACAUACUAAAAUCGUCUAUGCUCCUUGUUUACUUCCGACUCACGUUGAACUUAAACCAGCAACGCCUAGUAAAGGUAUGCGCCAUGUACACAUUCUGCGGAUGGCUCGCCACGACUUUAGUCCUUUUCCUCAACUGUCAUCCAUUAUCCGGAUACUGGACUAUACCCCCGCCGCAGGAAGAGUGCGCGACAUAUUUUCGCUUCGAGGUGGUGCAGUGCGUUUUCAAUAUCAGUUCCGAUGUUGCCAUCCUAUGUGUCAUCCUACCGAUGCUGUUCCGUGUGAAAAUGCCAUGGAAGACCAAACUACCAUUGAUCUUCAUCUUCUCCAUGGGAACCGUAGUGAUUACCUGCGCCAUCGUAUCCAAAUACUUCACCUUCAGCAACAUCUGGGAUGUCCGUUACCAGUUCUGGUAUCUCCGGGAAGCAUCUAUCGGCAUGUACGUAACGAACCUACCCUUCGUUUGGACUCUAGCUCGACAAACCUUCACAGUAUUGCGGUCGAGCCCGCAUCCGACCGACAAAUACGAGAACAAUCGGUAUGGCACGGAUCGCACCUCGAAGAUGCGCACAAUGAGGAGUGGAAAUGGUACCCGAACGACGUCCAGGCACUAUGACCUAGGAACAAUUACUGAAGGUGCUCUCGCACGAAGUGAGAGUGAGGAGAACAUUAUCCAGAUGAACGUAUUCGCGCACGGAAUGAGUGAAUCGUCGGCCUCUGCCUGUGGUAGUCAAACUUCGUGGCACCAUGUAGACCCCAUUUCGGAUGGUGAUCGAAAUGGUACCUAUAUUCGGAAAACGACGGAGAUUAUUAUUGAGGAGGAGUCGAGCCGGUAG